CGGAUGUCAUUUCUGCGGACCUGUGUGGACCAAUAGCGAACGAGUACGGAGAGCCCAAGUAUAUGUUUGUCGCAAAGUGCGUAUUUACGUCGAAAGUGUGGAUUAUUCCACUGGAGUCAAUUCCAGCUGAGACAGUAGUGCACGCGAUGGAAACUGUGCUAAAUGAUAUAGAGAAGCUGGGCCACAAAGUUCGCAAAGUAAUUACAGACAAUGGCAGCCAAUUUAGGAGUGAGGCGUGGAACGAGAUGCUCACCGCAAAUGGUAUAAAAAUAGGCCAUACUACAACUUACAACCCUCAGUCUUCUCUGGUUGAGCGCACAAUGCGCAUAAUUGGAGAUAGGCUGAGAGCAAAGUUGAACGAUGAGCCCGAGAAUGACGAGUAUACUCACCACGGUUGGCACGUGCAUGUUAAGAAAAUAGAGUCUGAAAUAAACAAUACCCCUACUGAAUUUGGCAUAAAACCGAAUGAGGUAUGGGGCAUCGAAGAUGAGUUUUCUGCCAACAUGCCAACCAAAUUGGCUAAGUUAAAUUCUAAGUACCUGCUCAAGAAGCUGCAGCAGGACCAAAUCGAGAAAAAUCCUAAAUCUGUGACUACCGAGACGCUCAUGGAAAAGCCUAUGGAGCUCUCAAACCUGAUACGUGACGAAGAUGGUUAUUACUGGGCAGCCGUUGAUGGAGCUUGCUCAAACAACGGUUCCAGUGAUGCCAUAGCAGGUAUAGGGGUGGCUUGGACUCCUACUGGAGAAUUUAAUAUAUCCGAAAGAGUAGACCACCCUAGGUACCGGAAUACCAAUAAUUUGGCCGAGGCGAUAGCUCUGUGCAAAGCUAUGAAAGUGAUGCUCAAACUAGGUGCAAAUAGAGGAAAAAUAUUUUCGGAUUCAUGCUAUUUAACAACAGCAAUAAAUUAUAAUGUAGAGAAAUGGAAGAUCAAUAACUGGAAGAAUGCUAGUAAAAAACCAGUUGUGCACCGAGAAAUUUUUCAAGAAAUUUUAGAAUUGAAAGAAAAGUUUGAGAAGUUUGAGUUAAAGCACACACCUGCGAGAAGCUUUGAUCGUAACAACCACGCCGCUGAUAAGCUAGCGCGUAAGGCGGUGUAUACACAAGAGUUGGUAGACCUGCGAGUUGAUGAAAUGACCGAGCAGCAGGCGUUAAUUUCAUUUAUUCGAGAAAAGAGAAAGCUACAAAGAUCAAGAGAUGAAGUAGCAUUUUAUAAAAUUAAGGGAGACCCCAUUUGUUACGAGGAGGGGGAAUUAGUUAUGCUUACGGAACACAGACAGAGCUCAUAUGAUAAAGGAGUCUCGAAAAAAUUGUUUCCUAAGCGUUUUGGGCCUUACAUGGUCAUGAAGCAUGUCGGAGAUAAUGCAUACAGAGUAAGAAGCAUAGCUAACGAGUCUGAUGAGCAAAUUGUCAAUGCUAGGCAAAUGACAACUUAUUUGAAUUUAGAACAACAAGAGAAGCUCAAAAAUGAUCCGAAAUUAAAGUCAAAGACAGACUCAAGGCCCUUAAUUGAAAAAAUUAAAGAGAAAGUAACGCCGAAAGAGAUAGAAAGGCCAGAAAUUGACGAGGAGGUCGAAGAGGAGGUCAUUGACCCUAAAAUACACGAUCAAGUAGCAGAAAGAGCAGCUAGGCUAUUGGCUAGAGAAUUGCGAAAGAAAGAGCUAGAACAAGCUGAGGAAAAGAGAGGAAAGAAACUGCAAGAAUUCCAGAAACUCAAAAAGCAUGCGAGACGCAAGUUAGAUGAUAAAGAAAACGAGAAGAUUGCUACGUGCAUUAAAAAAGCCGUUGGUUUGACAAUAAAGGCUGGAGAAAUACUUGCGAACGCGGAAAAGAAAGAUAAAGAUAGAAAAAGAACGAAAAAGUUGAAGCCAGGUGAAAAAGCACCUGGAUCAGACGAUCCGGAUUAUGUACCACCUACAAGCACGAAAAGAAGAAAAAAGAAAACAGUAAAUUUUAUAGCUCUGGAAAAAUUAGAAUCUCAUCACCGUGUGAUGUUCGUAGAGUUGUACAUGAAUUACGAGGACGUGCUGAAAUAAAAAGAGAAAAAGAGUAGCUGGAAUUCGAGGUACUGGUUGGUGCCUAAAUUUUAAUCUGUAAAUAAUUUUUUUGUAUUAGUUUUAAAUCUUAUUUUAUUCAAAUUACUCGUAGCAAUAUUUUAACCUAGUUUUAAAAAACCAAAAAGAGCAAGCCAUCGAAAGUAAAAGCAAGUUCUAUCCGAGUAGCAUACGAGCUGUAUGAAGAGAAGUAGUACUAGCGAGUAGGCGGGGGGUAGAAUGGGACGAAUGCAACGAGAACGAAAACGAGCGGCUCCCCGCAACCUGUAGUUACGAAGCAGAGAGUAGUCUGCACGUUAGCGAGUAGGCGGGGGGUGGUAAAGAGUCGCACGCAUCAGCUGAUAAAACUAGAUCGGUUGAAACGAACCAACGAACGAGAAAAGUAAUGCCAAGGACGUUGCAGUUUUGAUGUAUUAUUGAUGCGUGCGAUGUAAUAACGUGAAUGUUUGUUGAAAGUUUGCAAUAAAGUGCGUAAUUGUAAAAGUUGGAAUUUUGGUGCUUUCGUGGUGAAUUUUGCGCUAAUUGGUGACCGUAAAAGCUCACGUACGCGAGUAUAUAUGCGAAAUCGGUUAAUUUGGUGUAAAAAGUAAAAAAUCGGGUAAUUUAUUUGAGAAGUGAACAGUUUGCUGCAUGUUUGUUUCGGUAAGGUCUAACAAAGAAACCUAAAAUCAAAAUGGCGUAAGUCUAUUGAAUAUGGUUUUUAAUUCGCUCGUGUUGUAUUUUUCCGUUAGAAAAGUGAAUAAAAAUUCGAAACGUGUUGAUAAGAAGAAAAAUUCCAGUAAAAGAGUAGCUCCUCGUGUAUUUCGACUGGCCGAAGAAGCUACCGGCUAUACGAGAAGCGACGUGGUUGUUUCUCAUAUUUCAACGAGUUGGAAGAACGAUAGUAGUCAAGUUGUGGCAUGAAAUUUUUUGACGAAGUUUUGUUUCAUUACGAAAGGUAAGCGAAAUGCAAAGAGUAAAUUAUCGUAUAUUUGAACAUAGUGCUAAUUGGAAGUACGUGUAAUUAAAAAGUGAACUACGAGUAGCCUAUUGAGAUGUUCGUUACCUGUUGCAGCUGAUUAGUUGGACGUUCGUGUGUUGAAUAUUCGUUUGACGAGAAUUCUAUCGACGCUGAGAUUAGGUAAGCU